GUGGCCUUUCCUGUGUCGGCUGUGCGUAGCGGAAAAGGCGUCUUCAUCGACGUCGAUAAUGGGGAUAGGUUCGGCGCUGGCGGGCGCGCUCCUUUGCUCGGCCUCAAGUUCAGCGACAUCGACGUCGGAUGUGGCGUCUGCGCUUUCCGACGGUAAGGUCGCGGAGGAUUGUGUCCGCUGAGUUGCUUGCGCUGCCCUGGGAACGCUGCUCUCCGUCGUCGAUUUGGCCUGUGUCGUAUGCGGCGGUUCGUCCCGAGUCUGGUCUCUGCGGAUUCUGGACCACCCCUCAUCCCGAGGCAUCUGCACUGGCUGAUCUCUGGAGAUGCGAUCGUUCUGUGACUGUCUCGUAGACCAUCCAGGAGCUGCCGCCCGGUCCUGGGAUUGAGAGCGGGACGCCUCCUCAUUGGAAGUUGAAGCACGAGGUUGACUGGCGGGUGUACGCUUGAUCGUAUUCCACCCUCCUGAAGUCUGGCGGGACCUUCCGUUCUGGUUUGGCUGCGAUGUCCUGUGCAUAUCUGCCUGGGGCUUCUCCCAUUUCCCCAGCUGAGCUUGCCCGGGACCUGCCGUUGGCCACCGCUGCGCCUGUCCCGCACCCUGUGUGGGAGCUGGUCGGCCCCAUCCUGCACCCUGAGAUGGUCGAGACCAUCCCUGGGGGACUGCUGUGGACUGCGAUGGCCGAGCCCAUUUGCCAAGCUGCGACGACGGGUCUUCCUUGAGCUUCGCCGCGGACGACGAUGACCUCGUCGUGACAAGGCUCGGCCUGCGCUUUGCAAACGCGGGAAUCUUGCGUUGCCUGUGCAUUUUGGGG